GCCGGCUCUACUAUUAACUUAUUUUUGGACUAGCUAGGUCUCUUCGUACCUAUGUAUUCUAUUUCUAUCAGAAUACAUAAUGUUUUCCUAACGUAUAAUUGACAUAUUAUACCGGUAUUCUCUAAGCCUCCUUCUCCAUCGUUUUUCGUCAUGAUGCAACUUGCGCCAAGCAACCAUUCGUAUGCAUAUGGGGUGAAGAUCUUGAUAAAGGGGACAUCGGGACCGAAAGCUCACCAACCAACCGAUGGCUAGUUCCCCCCUUCUCUGGGAAGUCUGGUGUUGGACCAGUUGUGCUUAUACUUUUGUAUAGUCUAUUUGAUUGAUUAGACCAUUGCUUCCCUAGUUUCACUUGUUCAUUGACCAAUUCAACUUCCGGAUUGCUUUGUUUUGAUAAUGCGCCUUUAUUCGUCUAUUCUCGCUCCACUGGGAGCGACACUGGUUGCAGCACAGAAUACUAAUGUCUCUUCCUCAAUGCCCCAAGUUACCUUAGACUAUUGUACCGUUCAAGCUGCUGCUGCAAAUCUCUCGGCUGUUGAAACUGAGGUCAACGAUGGUACACUUGCCGCAUCAAAUGUUGCAUGUACCACCACUGAGGAUUGCUUGUUUAUGAAUAUUUAUGUACCAGCUAAUGCUACGGGAAAAAAUCUUCCUAUUUUGCAAUGGACUUAUGGAGCUGGAGCGAACAAAUCCCAUACUACGCCCGAAGGUCUCUAUGAUCUCAGCAAAGACUUCAUUUUUGUUACCCACAAUUACCGAGAUGGUAUUGCGGGUGUUGCUAACGGACCAACCUUUACUCAUGAAGGAGGCGCCACAAAUGCUGCCGUUCGUGAUACAGAACAAGCUUAUAAGUGGACUCGCAAGUACAUCAGUGCUUUUGGAGGCGAUCCCGAUAACGUCGUUGCUUUGGCUUUCUCGGCUGGUUCCUCGCAAACGCUUGAUCAAAUCACACUUUAUGGAGGCAAUGCUGAGCAGCUGUUUGCUCGUGCGUACCUCACUUCCCCAGGUACAGUCCCUGGCGCUGGUCACCGGCAAGCCGAGGCUUUCUGGCAAAAUGUCUCGACUACUGUUGGUUGUAGUGGUGGCAGUUUGAAUUGUAUGCGUGCUGUCAAUUACACAACUCUCAACACCGCCGUCAACGAUGUUGUAUCUUUGUAUUCAUACACAUUACAACCACGAGUCGAUGGUGAUAUAAUUAGUGAUACUUGUAGGUUUUGCCAUCAAAGCCUUUUUCUUUUCGAUUUCUAAUUCAAACUUGACACAUUGCUAACUGAUAUUGUAUUCUGAAAACAGACGAAGCGGAAUUCUAUGCUGGUCACUACAAUUGGACUGGGUCAUUAGUCAUCACCCACGAGCUUCACGAGAAGAAUAGCGACGUUACAAGCGGUAUCAAUAGCACCGCUGAUGUUGCCGACAAAAUACUCAUGUACUUCCCCGUCAUAACUGACACUAUCGUCAAUGAAAUCCUCGCUCUCUACCCCGAAAGUGAUUACACCUCACCCGGACUUCGCUUCUCAGACAUAGAGCAAAGCUUCGAAUUGACCUCGCACAAUUUGGCUUUGACCAACGGCCUUCACAACCAAACUUGGAAUGCAAUGGUUGCAUUAGGUGAAGCUCCUCAUGGUACUGAUCAGGAUUAUUACUGGUACAGUACAUACGCUCUCUCAGGGGACAUUCAGACAAAUCCAGUCAAUGCCACCACAGCGCGGAUCAUGCAAAAGUAUCUUUUGUCUUUUGCAUUGACUGGCAAUCCCAAUACCCUUUGGCCAAAUGACAAAAUAGAAUGGCCUUUAUAUAAUACUAGUACCAAUGGUGUGGAAAUUGUUUUCAAUACAACUAUGUAUUUGCAAGCGGAUUCUUUAGCCAAUGCCAAAUCUCGUUUUUGGAAUAAGGCUUUGUGGUACUAGAAUCUUGGUUGUUUCCCGCAAUAUAUAGUAUAGAUAGAUGCCAGAUCAAAGACAUAGGUUUGGAGAAUUGCAUCUUCAUUAUUUAUCACCAUCA